AUGCUUCCAUUAAAGCUAGCUCGCUCUCUUCUCCUACACGAGACUUUCAGUCUCACGCAUAAUCCCGGUGAUACAGACGACGGCGGCGGCAAUGAAGACGGAGAAACCAGUAUCCGGCAAAUUCUAAGCUCGUACAAGCAAUCAAAAACCCGAUCGCGAUCCGACGACAAGAAGAACAACACUAGAAAUUCCAAAACCCCUCUGCUCUACUUCGUUCCCACUCGAGAAUUGAUCUCAGACACUUACCGAUUAGCCACAAUCGCGAGAGAUCUGGGUAUGGAUUUGUACCCGACCCCUUCCCUCUCUCACAUCAUCUUCUCAUUCCCGCCGCGUGAAUCGGGAUCGCCGUCGCCUGCCUCUUCGUCGUCGCAUCCUUCGACUUGGUCAUCGUCGGCGGCUUCUCUAUCGUCUUCUCUCUCGUGGUCUCUCCCAAACGACGCCGUGAUGCUCUCCUUCCCAUCUCUCUCCGCCUCCUCUCUGUCCCAUCUCCGAUCAUUCGUCUCCCUCUCCAACAGCCUCUUCAAGCUCGUCUUCUCCCCCGCCGUAGAAACUCCUUCCUCCUCUGGAUCCGUCAGCAAUUGGGAUUGCUGCUCCGUUUCUCUCUUCUCUCGAAUCACCAGCAAACGAAUCGGAUCGAUGGAGAGUUUCUCGCAGGCAUUGGCUUCAAACGGAUGGACAAUUUACAAGACGAAAGAGAAUCCGUCGCCGGAAUCUACCGGCAAUAGCAACUCCGGAAGCGGAAGCGGAAGCUCAGCGUAUCUGUUUAGGAAAGUGUAUUCGGGUCGGAUCAUGACCCGAGACAGAAAUGGAGGGUCGUGUAGAGUUAGAGAGCUGAGACUUCCUCAAUUGGAUUUCAGAAACUCACCUCUCCGGAUUCUGCAUUAUCUGAUGUUGAUGACUGACGAUGUCUUCUUCCUUUCGUAA